AUAACACUAAGUAAGAAUAUCAAUAUAUAUUAGCUACACCACACACUGUGCUUCAUAUUGAGCAGAGAAGCUUCAACCUGAUACCUCACUAUAGCUGGGAAAGAGUGUUCGUACCAACACAUCAGAGCGGAACUGAAUUGACAUUGUGACGAUUAAGACUCAAGGGAGCCUUCAUUGAGAGAGAGAGUUCUCCUUCAGGAGCAACAUGGGUGAAGGGAGCAAUCUGGAGCUAGGUAGCAAACAUGCCACCACUCCAGAGGAGCAGAAGAGACCAUUCAAUCCCAUAGUUUGGAGACUCUUGCUAUUAGUUGGGGUGCUGAUGUAUGGCUCUUACAGUAUAUUGAUUCAUUUGUGUAAAGUUGAUGGCAAACUACCAUUCAGCACGGCAUCCAUGGUUCUCAUGACUGAGACUGCUAAGAUAUGCAUCUCAAUGACCAUGUUUCUGCCUGAAGUAAGAGAAAAUGGCUUUCCCAGUGUUACUAUUGGUUACGCUCUUGCGUUUUCUGUCCCUGCGAUCAUAUAUGCAAUCAACAAUAAUAUUGCAGCCGUCAUGCAACUUCACAUGGACCCAGCAACAUUCCAGGUGCUCAGUAAUAUGAAGAUUUUAUCAACUGCUGUGUUAUACAGGCUCAUCAUAAAGAAGCCAGUGAGUAACAUUCAAUGGGUGGCACUUUUUAUGUUGGCAUUUGCUGGUGUAGCUAACAGCUGGGGAUCAUUUGAAAGUAAACCUGGAGAUGCUGGGUCAGGCGUAGUACAUAUAACAUUUAUAGGUGUUGUACUUAUAAUUGUGCAGUGUACAUUCUCAGGCUUAGCUGGUGUCUACUCAGAAUAUAUACUUAAGAAAAAUUAUCAGACCUCCAUCCAUCUGCAGAAUAUAAUGCUGUAUACAUUUGGUAUCAUGUUGAAUGGCGGAGCUUGGGUUGUUGACGCUGUACACAAUGACAGAGGUUUUAAUCUGUUCCAAGGAUAUUCAACAUUUGUGUGGAUCAGUAUUAUUAUGCAGGCUUUAUGUGGUCUUAUCAUGUCAGCAAUCUUUAAACAUGGGAACAACAUCACACGUCUGUUUGUUGUCGCUAGCGCAAUGGUUGUUACGACGACACUUUCUAUGCUCAUAUUUGGACUUCAGCUAAAUGGUUAUUUCAUUAUUGCAUUUUUAAUGGUGUCUGUGGCACUCAUAUUGUAUCAUAAUGGGGAUAAAUUAUGUCAAAAUGCAGCCUAGUCUACUGAAGAGCAGCCUAGUAAACAUAUGGGAAGCCUAGUAAACAUAUGGGCAGUCUACCCUGUAAAUAUAGGAAGGGGUUAUAAACACAGGUGCAGCCUAGUAAACAUAUGGGGAGUUUUGUAAACUAGUAAACAUAUGGGGAGUUUUGUAAACAUAGGUGUAGUCUAGUAAACAUAUGGGGAGAUUUGAAAACAUAGGCACAGCCUAGUAAACAUAUGUGGAGUCUUGUAAACAUAGGCGCAGCUUAGUAAACAUAUG